AUGUGACCCCACCCCGUGACGUCAGGUCCUUCUAGAUGAUAGGAACUAGCCGCUACCCUUCCACAUCCGCUGGAGCAGCGGCUUGUACUUCCGGAGCUCCGGAGGAUCCGGGACCCACCCUGAGCGCCGGAGAGUGAGUACUGAAAUCUGGAGGGACCCCGCUGCUUCUCCUCUCCUGGUGCUACUUGACUGAACUUAGUCCAAGUUUACAACCACAGAUCGUCUCUGACCUAAGAAAUCCCCCUCCAGAAGACACUUCAUCGGGCAGGAGGAUAUGACCGCCUUCAAUCCCCAUCCAGCACACUAGCGCCCCCCAUCCCCAUUGUGACGUAGUGCAUGAGCGGUUUGCCUCUCUGGGUCCAUGAGGGAAUAUAAAGUAGUGGUGUUGGGCAGCGGAGGGGUUGGGAAAUCGGCCCUGACUGUACAGUUUGUUACGGGCACUUUCAUCGAGAAAUAUGACCCCACCAUUGAGGAUUUCUACCGUAAAGAGAUUGAGGUGGACUCUUCACCCUCUGUGCUGGAGAUCCUGGACACGGCUGGCACAGAGCAGUUUGCCUCCAUGAGGGAUUUGUACAUUAAGAACGGGCAGGGCUUCAUCUUGGUGUAUAGCUUGGUGAAUCAGCAGUCAUUCCAGGAUAUAAAGCCGAUGCGGGACCAAAUAGUCAGGGUGAAGAGAUAUGAAAAAGUCCCUCUUAUUUUAGUCGGGAACAAGGUUGACCUGGAAUCUGAACGAGAAGUCAUGUCUACAGAAGGCCGCUCUCUGGCUCAGGAGUGGGGCUGUCCGUUUAUGGAGACCUCUGCUAAGAGCAAGACAAUGGUGGACGAACUGUUUGCAGAGAUCGUCAGGCAAAUGAACUAUGCCUCAUUGCCUGAGAAACAGGAUCAGUGUUGUACAACGUGCACUGUUCAAUGAGACACUCAGAGGGACCUCACAGACGGCCAUAAAGAGCAGAUAACUCAGAGGAACUUUGCACAGCUUCGGCUUUGAAGAAGUUACAGCCCAGGUUGCAGUUCUGAGCCUUGAUAAACCUGACUGCACAACAGCACAUUUGCCAUACCUUUCAUCGACCGCUCAGAGGGGGCGUGCGGCCCGCGCGCUCCCUCGCCAUCAGCAGCUGUGCUUAGCACGUUUACCCUAAGUUCAAAGAAAAACUUCUUCUUUUCCCUCUCCUUUUUCUAGUCUCCCAUGUUCCUAUUAACAGCUGAUAUGCAACAUUUUGGUCUCGUUUUUAGGGGAGUUUUUUUGUUUUUGUUUUUUUUAAAUCAGUAUAGUUAAUCAUUUUCUGAAUCUUGUAUUUAUUAAAUACUUAAACUCAGUAUUACCUACUUUAUGCCUUUUUAGAAGACCGUUUUAACAGAGGAUAAUUUCGAGCCUUAAUCGAAUGGUUAAUUUCUGUAUAAUACCUCGAGUCUGCUCCUAACCCCUUCGGUGCCAACGGGGCCGGUGUUUAACCUUGCGUUGCCUGCCCCUCGCAUUGAAGGUGUGCAUACGGUAGAUUUUUUAUUUUUUUUCCUGACAAUGGCUUGUAUAUGCUUUCGAGAUUAUGUUUACGAUUUUCACGGUAUCAAGUGAAGCUGCUUGAAACGACAUUGGACCUGAAGUUCUGGGUUUUUGUUGGGUCCAAACUAUGUUGGAAGCCAAACAAGCAGGUGAGAAAAGUCCCUGCUGUAUCCGCUGAUGAUUUUUGACAAAAAAAAAAAAAAGAGGAACAUAACCACAGGAGAUGUGAAAAAUAAAAAAAAUCUCCUCCUUUGGUGCAUCACAGUUAGUGGAUGGGUUUGUAUUGGCCCCAUUUGGAAUCCUAGUGGUUAGGACUCAAAUGUAUCCUGAGUAUUUUAUUUUUCUUGCCCCCCACCCCCAAACAAAAAAUCCAUUGACUUUGGUUUUUUUUGUGUUUUUUAAUCUUGCGUAGAUAUGGGUUGCUAACUUCCUGUGUAUCUCUAAUAUUACCCAGCUUCAGGCAAGUUUCCUCCCCACCUGUGCACAUACAGAUCUAAUACAAAUAAAAUGAUUUUAUGUUUUCUAGUUUUAUUAUAGUUGUCUUGUUGAAUACACUUAUUGAAACUAUAUUUUUGAAUCUUAGUCACCUGUCGCUUUGUGCCGUCAUUCACACGCUCCUACCCCCAAGUUAAACACGACGCAACCUGGACACCUUUCACUCCAGAGAUUAGCCAAAUGUGCUUUACACAGCCAAAGCCUUUCAUGGUGUUUACCUGAUUGUUUUCAGAUUACUUGAACAUAAAACCUUAAUUACACUUUAAGCCUCCGCCAUUCUGUUACUGAUACUUCAUUAUUACUUAUGGGAUUGGUUUGUUUUUUAUUUUUUUAUUUUAUUUUUUAGAAAUUUACUUUAAAACUGUAACACAUUAGUCCUUUAUCCCGUGUACCUUUCCAAACAGUUGCUUUAUUGGCAAAAAGGCUAGCUCAGUGAGUUGGUGAAGUUAGUUAUGGUCAACUUUUGGGAAAUAAGGCGAGGGUACUGUUGGCGUGAUGGCUUCUGUUCAUAACGGAGCUAUGAAAUCCAAUUUCAAAUUGACACCGGCAAAUUCUGACAAACCCAAUUGACUUUACAGGGGUCUUUCACCUUUCUGGAAUCAUCGAUGGUGGAAAUAGCGCUACAGGCUGCACUUAUGGCUGUCAAAAAUACUGGAAAGUGUGUAGGAAACAGAGGCUCUGAGCACCUUUAGGAUCCAUUCACACAUCCGCAUCCGUUCUGCAAUGUUGCGGAACAGGUGCGGACCAGUUAAUUUUUAAUAGGGCCGGCAUGUACGGUCCCCAUCCCCGUUUGCGGAUCCGCGCUCCCCUUCGCCCAAAAAAUUUAACAUGUCCUAUUUCUGUCUGCAAUUGCGGACAAGAAAAGGCAUUUUCUAUGAGAGUGCCGGCGACGUGCGGUCCGCAAAAUGCGAAACACACAUUGCUAGGGUCUGGGUUUUUGCGGAUUCGCAAAACUCAUACGGACGUGUGAAUAGACCCUUGGGGUACUCCCAUCUCAGACUUCUUGGGAAUCUUGCUAGGAUCAGUGUCAGAUAGGUGCGAGUCCCACCUCUGGGACCUGCUCCUAUGUCCAGAACAGGGCCCCCGAAGUAUAGGCAAGCACAUUGUGAAUGCGCGUGGCACUCUCCAUUCACUGCUAUGGGGGUUCCGAAAACAGACGAGUGUGUGCGUACUCCACUAUUUGGGACUCCUAUAGCGCUAAAUGGAGGGCACAAUACACCUGCUUGGCCACUUCUCCAUUCGCUGCUAUGGAACUGCCAGAAACAUUUUUGCAACUCCUAUAGCAGGGAAUGAAGGGUGGCCGGGCACGUGCAGCUGCUCUCUUUAAUUUGGGGGUCCCAGUGUGGCACACCUAUCCUAACAUUAUGCCAUCAAUGUCUGAGAUGGGAAUACCCCUUUAACUUCAUGGGAGUGGCCGAGAUUUUGUCAUCUACUUAACUGAAAUGAACAUUGCAGUCUUUUUGUCUUUUAUACACAGAAUAUGUAUUUUUACUUGCUGAGGUGCGUUGACAUUCCUCAAUUUUAGUCUUGUGUGCUAUAAGAUGCAUAUCUGGACUGCAGGAUGCAUGGCCAGACAGUAAAUUCUCUCUGUACGCGGAGUGCCCUCGUUUUAUUCUGCUCUUUCAUUUUGUAAUUUUUUUAUAUACAUACAUACCAUUUUUUUUUUCUUUUUUGCAUUUUGUGAUGUACCCCUAACUUUGCUACAAUUACUUUCCUAAAAACGCCUCCAUUUUUGUCCAUGGGCCUUGUCUAGUAUUGCAGUCCAGCCCUAGUCAAAUGUGCUGACACAGGUCCUUGGACUACAAAGGCGUUCUUUCUGGUGGAGGGGGCAGAUUACUUUUUUCUCAUGGCAUUUACAUCAUAGCGGUGUCAAUUGGUAUAUAGACCAUGUGUUAUAUGUAAUAGUGUAGAUUUACUCUUCCAAUUCAGGCAGUUUUACUAGGCUUUUAAAAUUAUGGAUAACCCAUAAUUUUUUUCUAUCCCAGUGAACAUGUUAAUGAUGAGCUGUUACUGCAGACUGUGACCAAAUGUUUUGUCAACAAUAAUUUUGUAUAUGAUAACCAUGUAUUGGGUACACAUUCUCGAAGGAAGCCAGGGAUAGAAUUAUUUAGGAAAACAGUGUUAAGAGGCUAUACUGGUUCCCAAUGGGUUCCUAAUGCCUUAAAAAUCCUUGUUAGAAGGGUCUUCCAUUGAAACCCCCAGUGAUCAGCUCUGAUCUGUGGGGAAAGGAGCUUGAGUUGCCAGCAGCACCUCCCCAGGUGAAAUGAUGCAUUACACUAUUGCCAUUUUUAUUAAUUUGUGUUUGUGUGAUGCAUGGGUGUGUCUGGUCCUCCAAAGAAAAUAACCUGUUUGUACCAUAUUUGGCCUGGCUAAUAGAGGGCCAACCAGAAUUUGCUAAUAGGCUAUUUAAAAAAAUGGGUCUCUUUUGACUAGUCAACCUCUUUAAUAAUAUGUCCCAAAAAUGUUUGUGACCUAUUAAAAAAAAAAAUACUUUUGUGUUUUGGCUUGCUCAUCCUUUAACGUGGUUAGAUUGAUGGGAGGUUUCUCGAAGUGCUGCGUCAUCAAUCCUAUGUGAUUUCAUGUUCUAUUGCAACCGGCCUCAUUUCCAUGACCCAGAUAGUUGUCAUCUCCUCAUCAUUAAGAUGAGUAACAGUAGAAAAUGUUGGGUCUGAGCACAUCUAAACCUCCUGCAUGAUGUCCCAGGACAAGGUGAAGAAAGCAUGAAAAAUUACCUUGAAAUUCUGUUCAACUUAUUUUCUCAUCUUAAGAAGCCCCCUACCUCUAGCAAUCAAAGGGGUCAGCCCCACAAACAACAUUUAUCACCCAUCUCCAGGAGAGUUGAUAAUUGUAUGAUAGCUGGAGGUCCAGUCAUCUCGAUCAGUCCCGUAGAAGUCACCCAGGAAAACUACUGCUUCAUUCACAGGGGGCCCCAGUGGCUGGACCUUCACUAAUCGGACGCUUAUGCUUUAUCUUAUGAUGAUCAUGGGCCAACCCCUUGAAGGGGUUGUUUUGAGUGUUUAAUACUGAUGACCUAUCCUUAGGAUAGGUCAUUAGUAUGUGAUUGGUUGGGGUUUUACGCCUGUCAUCCCUGCCGAUCAGCUGUUUUGCUGUAGCCUCCUUGCAGCUUACCAAGUAUACUGCCCUAGGUAUUGCAGCUCAGCCCCAUUCACUUGAAUGGGCCUGAGCUGUGCCUAGGCCAUGUAACCGAUGAACAUGUAACUGGCCUAGGAAGAAGCCCUGGUCCUCCUCCUUUUAAACAGUGCCACGUGGAUGAGUUGGUUCCCCACCGAUCAGACACUCAUAAUCUAUCCUGAGGAUAGGUCAUCAGUAUUGACAACCCCUUUAAGGAAAACCGUUGUACAUGUAGGAUAAAUCAAUAGGUGUAAGUUGACUGUUUUCCUAUCCUGUUGUAGAACCACCUAGAAGGCCUCCGUCACACUAUGCUCUGAGCUCUUUUUACUCUCCCAGUACUUUCUCUUCGUAAAAGAUUUCAUCAGAACUUGCUUAAAAAAAAAAAAUAUAAUAAUUCUGGUAUCCUUUCCUGUUUUUAUUGAGGAACAGAAAGCAGAGGGCUCAGACUCUUACGGUGCUUGAAGGAGGUGCCCUUACUUUCUGUGCAAGCACAAUUAAUACCAGAUUUAGCUAAAAUAUUUUAAUGGUUAUUAGUGAUUCUAAAUUAACUUGCAGGUGCACAUGGAAGGUAACGAACAGCAAACUUUUAUUUAUUUAAUUUCCUAGGAGAUGAGAAAUAUCAAUUUGUAACUAAAAAAAGGUAAAAACCUCAAGGAAAGGUUAUUAUUUUCUGUCUGGAUUAUUUUUGAUUGGUUAUUGAGCACGUGUUACAACGUUGGAUAAAAUGACUUUUGGUUUUCAGUACAUUCAGGAAUUAAUGGUUUAUUCAGCACAUCGGAUGGGAGACUUGGACCAAAUCUUCAAGCUUCCCGAUCAGCCUGCAUGCUAAUGUUGCUAUUACGGACUGAAAUUUUCAGCAGCAGAUGUAUUGUCUUAACUGCGGCACCGCAUUACAAAUGAAGACUACUUGACUAAGCCUCAGAUGUGGACAUUUAUGUAUUUCUUGUUAAUCAGGUAGUUGGUGUAAUGCAAAUGAAGAUAUCCGGAACAUCUAGACAGCUCUGGAAAAUCUGAGGGUAUACCCUGUUUUGGCAUUUUGUAAAGCAACCCAGAACCCAACCAUUCACCCGUUUGUAAAUUAUUAUUUUUUAUAUAUAUAUAUAUAUGAAAUAAAUAUGUAUUAAUGACA